GAAAUGACUAUCAAAUCCAUGCCCAUGUGGGGGAGGUAUGUUGUGCUUGAGCACAUGGAGUGAAAGCAUGAUCUCUAGUGAGGUUUCUCCACAGGUGGAUAGUAAAGUUGGAAGCAACAGUAAGAUUGCAGGGGGCUUCACUAAGAUGGAGUUGAAGGAUUUGUCUACAGUGACAAGGAAGCAGUUGCAUUUGUACUUGGAAGAUGGGGUCAAUGCAGCUGGUUUGUAGAGAUAGCAAACAUGUAUCCAAAUGUACAAGAAAAUUGUUUCACAGCCUCUGUGAGCCUACACAAGUUUGUGUGUGUGUACAAAUCCCCAAGUUGUGAUGCAUGCCAUUUGUCCUCAGUGGACGAAGUUCAGGACCUGUGUAGAGUCAUUACUGCAUGCACAAGGGAAGGUUUCCUCAGUCUUCUUGAAACGCAGACCCUGCAGCUCUACUGUGAGAUUUGAAGGCUCGUGUGCCGAGGCAAGAUGUGUGUGCGCGCUUUUGAGAGAGGAGCAGGGCGGUUUGUCAGAGAGGGCGAGAGAGAGGGAUGGCUUCAAAGAAGGAUUAUCAGUACUAUGUCAGACUCGCUGGGGUGGUUCAGUGACGUUGUCAUUAGCCACUGACCUACAAAGCUCUAGCUGGCGAUCAAGACUGUACAUGGGUUGUCACCUCGUCUUGAACGAGUUACAGCUUAGCUGGUGAAGGGAAAGCUCUCCAAACGAUCUUCAUACCUCUGAAUUACCGUUGUCAUUGCACAGGGAACAAUUGUACCUUUGUACAUGUAUUCUGCGUGUGAGAAGCAGGGGGCUGUCCUACGAACUAGACGGAGCCGCUGGGGCGUCAGGGGCGUCAUUACAUGGGGUUGAUGAGACGGCUACCUUGCCUUCGUAGAUCGUAGCAUUGGUUGCGUUUCGGUAUCACUGAGGGUCUUUUGCCCUGUCCCAUUUGACGAAGUGAGGAUUGUGUACAGCUUCACUGAGUUUUGAAAAAAUCUUUUAGAGGAUCUCUGUGUGUGUGUAUUUGAGAAGAAAAUGCAAUCUCUACAGGUGUGAGUCGAUAAGCUUGAAACCGAGGAGUUAAGGAGAGGAGAAGAGUGAAUGAGGGGUCUUUUUUGUUGCUACAGAGCUGCACUCGUUUCUCGCAGUGAAGCCCCUGACAGUGGAGUAAUAGCGCGUUUGUGUGUUGAUUAACUAUUAUCUUUUUCUAAUCGAGGUUCCUUAAAUGUGUACCAUGGUGUGCUUCUGCAAGUGGAGAGCAUUGCAAGCGCUUUCGGAGAUGCAUGUGUGCCUUCCACUAGCGUCGGACGAUUUUUUAUAUCCUCAAUACUCCAAGCGCACUUAUCAGAUCACUAGAGUGUUUGGCAACACUACGUUUGAGAAAGAUUGGUGUCUUUGAAGCGCACUCUGGCGCUUGUAAUGGUGUUGAGCUAAAGAAUGGAGAACAAGGAACGCUACGUUUGGAGCUCAAUCGGUGCUCGUCGUGAUCUUAAAGCAGGAUCACGCCGUUGUUCAGCUUGGAGAUUGCAAUUCUGAAGUCUGCAAAAUCCGCGGUAUUGAAUUGUAGGCGUUCAAUUAGGAGGAUUAAGUUUGAUUGCGCGAUGGCGCAAAGUCCACUAUUCGAGGAUGGAGUGUCUUAUCAUGCAGUCUGCAGUGAAACAGUUUCUUCGGAAGAAUAAAACGAGUGGACAAGAGAAUAUUAUAAAUGAUAGACGACGGAUAGGUUAGCUGAUAUAAUCGCCCUACAAUGUGGACAAUAGCAGCAAUAAUAUGUGAAGCAGCUGCAAACAAUGGGGAGAAGAGCUAGACACAAGGCCGGCACUCAAGUUCCUGCUCUUGGAAUACUGCAGUGGCUGUGUGGAGCACUUUCACUAUUCCAAGUUUUCAAUUUCCUAACACAUGUUCAUUGCCUUGACGGAAACCCCGAAGUGAGGUCUUUGGCUGCAAUCAAGCAAGCAUUUGAGGAUCCCGAGAACGUACUUGCGUCAUGGGAUCCGAACUAUCUAUCACCUUGCACCUUCGCCUUUGUGGAGUGUGAUGCUAACCAUUCUGUCUACGGCUUGGCGCUACCUUCUCAUGGUUUGUCUGGAAACUUAUCUCCUCUUAUUGGAAGCCUCUCAAAUCUUCACCGCCUGAUAAUUACUAACAACUCGAUAUCCGGCGAAUUACCCUCGGAGCUUGGAAAUCUUUCAAAACUUGUGGUUUUGGACUUGUCCAGAAAUGACUUCUCUGGUGCAAUUCCCAGCGCUCUUAUGAACCUGACAAGUCUAAUAACUUUAAAUCUGGGAGGGAACCACUUCAAUGGAAGCUUUCCAGUAUUCGUUGCCAAUAUGUCUUCAUUACAAUCACUGGAUGUUUCAUUCAACAGCUUGUCAGGCUUUGUUCCUAAUCAGACAUUGAAAAAUUUAAUGGUGGAUGGAAAUCCGAAUUUGUGCGGAUGGGCUGUUAGAAAAGAGUGUCCCGGUGACCCUCCACUGCCCAACCCUGCGAACAUAAAUGUCGUCGAUGGCAGAAACAGGAGAUCAAACACAACUGCUGUAGCGGCCGGUUUAUCAUUGGGAGCAGCAGUGUUGGUCGGAUCACUCCUGUUGGGCUCCCUGUGGUGGCGUCGUCGUAAUGCCAAACAAGUGUUCUUCGAUGUAAAUGAACAACAAGAUCCGAAUGUGCUACUGGGUCAGCUUAAGAAAUUUUCAUUUCGGGGACUUCAGAUAGCUACUGACAAUUUCAGCGUAAAGAAUAUACUCGGUAGAGGCGGCUUUGGGAAUGUCUACAAGGGCCACCUAUCUGAUGGGACAGUAGUGGCUGUCAAGCGAUUGAAGGGUGAAGGCAGUCCUGGUCACGAAAUGCAAUUUCAAACUGAAGUUGAAAUGAUCUCAUUAGCUGUUCACAGAAACCUCCUGCGCUUGCGAGGAUUUUGCAUGACUCCCUCUGAACGGCUGCUUGUUUAUCCUUACAUGCCCAAUGGCAGUGUAGCAUCUCGUCUUCGAGAUACUGUUGGGGGCAAGCCAGCAUUAGAUUGGCCGAGACGCAAAAACAUUGCCUUGGGAGCCGCUCGGGGCUUACUCUACUUGCAUGUGCACUGCGACCCCAAAAUCAUUCACCGGGAUGUGAAGGCGGCCAACAUACUGCUUGAUGAAGACUUUGAAGCAGUAGUUGGAGACUUCGGUCUGGCCAAACUGUUGGACCAUCGUGACUCUCAUGUAACUACUGCAGUUCGUGGAACGGUUGGACAUAUUGCACCUGAGUACCUCUCCACUGGUCAAUCUUCGGAAAAGACAGAUGUAUUUGGCUAUGGUGUGCUCUUGCUCGAGCUCAUUACGGGGCAAAGGGCGUUUGAGUUCGGACGGCUGUCAAGCCAGAACGACAUGAUGCUCCUCGACUGGGUCAAGAAACUUCAAGCCGAGAAGAGACUAGAUUUACUGGUGGACUCAGAACUCAUGUCAGAGUACAAUUCACUGGAGCUUGAAGAGAUGGUGCAGGUGGCACUGCUAUGUACCCAAGUCCUCCCCGCAGAGCGCCCCAAAAUGCUGGAUGUGGCGCGAAUGCUGGAAGGUGAUGGCCUCGCAGAGAGAUGGGAGCAAUGGCGUGAAAUGGAGAGCCGUAUGAGCAGGGAAGCACUGCUCCCACGGAGGUUCUGCGAACUUGUUGAGGAUUCUUCAUGGGACAUAGAAGCCAUUCACUUGUCAGGGCCCAGAUAGCGGCACACCAAGCAUUCUUUUCACCAUCAAGUCACAUGAAAAUCUGCCAUUUGGAUGACACAGAGCUCUUCAGGAUUUAGAGAAUCAGACGCAACAGCCCAAUGAUGUAAGCUUGCUCCCUACUGUGUUUUGUUCAGAACAGAUCGUUUGUUUGUUCCUAAACUUCAGUGAACGAUAGCUUUAGUUUGUACAAAGUAAUUGGAAUUUUUCUGUGCAGAUAUAGUCUUACAGAGAACACUGAGCCAGAGAGGUUGGCAUUCCACACCAUUUAUGUGAGAUGUUGACUCCCUCUAAGUGAGGAUUAUUGUCUCCACUGUAGAAUGGGUAGUUUACUGGAUGAGAGUCUGCAAUUGUUAUGGACAAUGAAUAAAUAUAUUUGUUGCAACAUGUGCUUGCUAUUCAGGAGUUA